CAACAGAACCUUUGUAAGAGAAACAUUAAAUCAAGCAUGUCAUCAUCUUCAUCAAUGACAUUGAAAGAUUCUUACAUUGUUACACCAAAGGAACCAACAUGGUGUGGUUGUUUACCAUUAUCCGAAUGGAGUCAAGUAGGAAUGAUAACUCACGUUCCACUUAUUUACUUUUACCGCCCCCCGCCAAAUUGGCUUAUCCCCCCUACUAAAAUUGCCACCACCUUGAGACACUCAUUAAGCAAAAUUCUAGUUCAAUUUUAUCCACUUGCUGGUCGUUUACAAAGGAAAAGUAAUGGUCGUUUUGAUCUAGAAUGCAAUGCAAUGGGUGUUCAAUUCAUGGAAGCUGAAACAUCGUUAGCAUUAACUGAUCUCGGUGAUUUUUCACCUUCUUCGAAUGAUUAUUGCCAUUACCUUUUCCCGCGCGUUGACUAUACGCUCCCAGUGCAAGAACUUCCUUUGCUUAUUGUUCAACUCACAAAAUUCAAAUGUGGUGGCAUUAGCAUUAGUUUCUUAAUCUCUCACAUAGUUAGUGAUGGACAGAGUGUGAUGCAUUUUAUUUUUGAAUGGGCUCAACUUGCACGUGGAGAAUCUUUGAAAAGGGCGCCAUUUCUCGAUAGAAAUGUGUUGCAUGGUGGAGAACCAUGCAAUAAUGCCAGCGGAUGGGAGUAUAAUCAACUACCGCUUUUGUUGGAAAAUUUGGAUAGUAAUGUUGAUGAAAGGAAGGAGAAAACAAAAAAUGCUAUACUCAAAGUGAGUGAAAAACAAGUUGAAAAGUUGAGAAAAAUAGCGAAUGAGAGUUGGAAUAAAUCUAGUAAUGAUCGAGAUUAUUCAAGGUAUGAAACGAUAACCGCUCAUAUUUGGAGAAGUGCAUGUAAAGCUAGAGGCCAUAAAAAUGACCAACCAACUGCGAUUGGCGUUUGUGUUGAUUGGAGGAGUCGCGUUAAACCUAAUUUACCAAAAGAGUAUUUUGGAAAUGCAAUAUUAGAUGUGUUGGCUACUAGUAUGGCUGGUGAUUUGAUGUCUAAGCCAUUAGGAUAUGCUUCAAGUAGGAUAAGAGAAGCAAUAGAGCAAGUAAAUGAUGAGUAUGUGAGGUUGGGGGUUGAGUAUUUUAAAAAGCAACAUGAUUUGACUAAGUUUCAAGAUAUUCAUGAUAUAGGGAGUGGUGAAGAGGUGUCUUUUUAUCGAAAUCCUAAUUUAGGGGUCGUUAGUUGGUUGGAAUUACCAAUUUAUGGAAUGGAUUUUGGAUGGGGAAAAGAGAUUUAUAUGGGGCCAGGAUUUCAUGAAGAACUUGAGGGAGACUCGUUGAUUCUUCCUAGUCCUCAUGAUGAUGGGUCUUUGUUGAUUUAUAUUUGUCUCCAAGAGGACCAUAUGGAUAAAUUUAAGAGACAUUUUUAUCAAGGUGUUGAGUUUGAAUUCCUUCAAGGACGAUUGUAAAAGAAUUAUU